AUGCAAGACACAGAGGAAAAAGGUUCCGUGCAGUGCAUCAUCGAGACACCGCUACGAUUGCUGACAAGAGAAGCAGUGCGACGAGGCGCGUCCUAUCUGCACCCGGUGCAAGAAGCGAAACCAUUGUUGCAGCCCUCCACAUUGAGCUCCGAAGAGCUGGAGCUGCUCAGCCACUACAUCACACAUACGAGUCGCGCCAUUCCUUCCGAUGCAGACGAGUUAUACGCCCUUCACGUGGGAAUCCCAAAUCUCGCCUUCGGCAGCAGACCGGUCAUGGGCUCGAUGCUGGCACUUUCAGCAGUCUGCAAGUGCUACGACAUUGUGCGGCAUUCGCGCGCGCCUCUGGAGAGAUUAGAGGAGAUCAAUGGCCUGUUCGUCCUGGCAGAUCGACAUCACAGAACAUCGCUCCACCAGAUACAAGCGGCCUUACACGAUGACCAUUUCGACACUGUUCUUGCCAAUGCUCCCUUGAUGGUGCUGUAUGCAUUGGCUGGCCAUUCUGCUCGAGUGUUAUUGGCCAAGAAGGCGAGGAGAAGCGGGAAAAUUCUCUCCAACGAGAUGUUUCCACUGCAAUCGCAGUGGAUAACCUCAAUUCGUGCUGCCUACGUAGCCUACGUUGGGGUACACAACAGUUCGAGCCCCUGCAGCGAUUUUGGAAAUAUCAUACCGAAUUCUCCUUGCGCUGUAAAAGACGACUCUGCUUCACAUACAGCCGCUCUAUCAGGAGGUAACCUCUAUCCCCCUGAGGAUGGCCCUUCUGAAGGGACAAGGCGGCUACUGCUGCCGAUCGUGUCCGCCACAUAUGGGGCCGCCUUGGAGAAGCUCAAUGCACGAGCGCAAACUGUCUGGAUUGGAGAGGGCGACUUAAACAUACACGCACGAAGUCUCCCCAACUCAGAGCUGCACGCGUGCCUUGCGUCUCUCAAACUUCUGGAUGAACUGUUCACCACAGUAUUUGCCCCUAAUCAGUCAAGUCACGAACUACCUCCGCCAGCAUCUUCUACGUCCAACUUCCAAUUGAACGGACUAGAAAAGGCAUCCCCUUGGUUGAGGAGAUACUUGGCUCGUGUUACUUCUGCCACGCCAUCCAAACUCUGGCGACGGACCAUCAUGGCUUUCUUGAAUCGCGUUCCACUCGAGUAUCUCCAGCUUGUUCAAUCAGCCCUCGAUCAUAUGCCAGUCGCGACACACCAAACCGACUCUGGUUCUCUCGAUAAACCUAUACCGCUGGGUACGGCACAACAGCUGGCAAUGAACAUCUUUUCUCAUUGGCUGGUUCUUGUUAUGCUUCUAGACGGAGUCUGGUGGAUUGGAAGCAUUGGCCAGUGGGAACUUGGGAGGGUCCUCUCGUUUGCGGAAGCCCAACGCUGGACUCUCGAACCAGCAGAGACUGGGGAAUCUUGGUGGCCUGAGAGCAUGUAUGCUGUCCAGAAAGCAAUUGCAGAGCCUCUAGAAUGA